CAUGAGCGUACUUAUGUGACACUCACAGCGCCAAGUCGAACGAUGAAAAUGACAUGUAAGCACGCUCACAGCGCGUAAGCGUCCAACGCGAAUGCACCCAAUGAAAAUCGACUAUAGCGCCGCAAGCGUAUAUUUCAUUCAGGUUAUGUUCUUGUUAUGUUUUGCGGUUGAAAAACGCGAAAUAAAACACUAAUUUAAUAUGUGAUUUGUACGAUAAAAAACAUAGUUACUAAUUUAAACAUGGAGCACACUUAUCUCCAGGCCAUUCCGGCCCUAGCCACCUGGAAAAUGCUUAGUGAUACCAUAGAUACAUUACAUACAAUGAGCACUGAAAAGUUGUUUGAAAGGUUAUCCAUAAUGGUUGAGAAACCAGCGCUGUGCGAAAUGUUUGUGUUUGAAAUGCCGCACGUACCAUUCGAAGAACUCAACGUAUUAAAUCAAAAGAAGAAAGAAUUCACGUCUUGGGUCCUAGGACAAUUUUUUUAUUUAUCAACAUUGCCCAACAUUCAGAGGCUUCAAAAGUCGUUUGUAACAGCCCAGAAUCGAAUUCUGCAUCAAAUGCACGACUUUAUAUAUUACGAUUUAAUCUCGGAGUACGUGAAAGUUCUCGAACAAUUAAACCAAUACGCACAAAACAAUUACACCGGUGACGUACGACUAAAAGUAUUCCUUCAUGAAGUGCCUGAAGACCUAGCAGAAACGCUCAAACUAAAAGCGUUGACAAUCGAAGUGAAAAACAAAUCCGAUUGCGUGAAUAUGCAAGGCGUUGUGUUACAAAUCGUCGGCCACAGCGCCGUGCAAAUGUUAGAUAUGUUUUAUAUCACAGAAAUGACCAUAGCUUUAAUGGAGAAUUUAUUGUUAGUGUUAAAGUACAGCAAUUUAAAUCUGAAGAUUGCUGUGUUACAAAUAUAUGUUAAUUGUUUAGAAUCUCAACAAAAACACCCAAAACAAAUUGAAGAUGUAAAAAUGAUAUGUCUGAUAUUUGAAACGUUAUUCACCACAAAAUGUAUGCUGGGAUGUGAAAAAUUUGAUAAACUAGCAGUAGACUUAUUUUCUACAAUGAAAGAUGACUUAAAAUGUCAGAAAUUAUACGAGUACAUCCUGUUGAAUGAUUGUGUACCACAAAAGUUUAAAGAAAUAGCAAUUAAACACGUGAAAAGCAUAAAAAGUUUCAAAUCCAACAAGAAUUUGAACUUUUUACCUUGUUUCAAAGAGGCGAUUAUUAAAGAAAUUCAUCAGACAAACACCACCAAUGUUUAUAAAGAUAUUUACAAUAAAAUAUUAAACAUUUUGGUGUAUCAAAACAACGAAAACGCAGUUUGUAAAUUGGACAAUGACCUAAACACACUGGAAAACUUCAUGGGAAUUGUUUUAUGCGCACGGUUCGAAACACAGUUUAUAUUGUUGGAUGAAAAAGAAUUCGUGCAGAAGUUUAUUGCAUAUGUUGCUGCACAUAUGAGAUAUUGCCAUUGUGAUCUGCAUUUUGAACGAUUCAUAAACAUUAUGUGUUUGGUUGUGGCAACAGGGAAUUCACAGUAUGCGAAAACCGUGUUUCAGUGGUUUGUCUACUUGUUGAAUAAAAAUGCGCCGACGAUACAUGAAGCAGGUGAUAUUGGUGAAGGAAUUCAGAUGAUAUUAGCUCACUUGAAGAGUAAAAAGUUUGCAAGGGAGAGAAUUUUCGAGCAGUGGUGUUAUUACAUGCACAUGUUGAUUAUUAGCAAUGAGGAGAAUUACGAAGAAUAUGAGAAGUAUUUUUUGAAAGUUGCUAAGGCAAUUAUGGAAGAACCAAGAUCAGCUUGUCAAGAAGUGUUGUUGAAAUAUUUAAUAGUAUUAAUGUCAAAAACUCAAAAAAUCGAAGAAUUUGAGAGGUAUUUGUUGACUCCAGCGAUGAUAUCUGUGCAAAUUGAUGUGCGAAUCAUGUUUGCAAAAGUUUUACCUUCACUUUUCAUCAUAUUAUGCACAAAAUUCGAGAGAUGUGUCUAUUUUGACAAUAAAAUACUCUGUGUUAAAGUACAAGAAACAAAUACAGCUAAGAAGAUUAAAAUAGAAGGAGAAUAUUUACAUGAACAACGCGACCGUCUCUUUGAAGAUUUACAAAGUCAAAGAAUUAUUAUCAUACUAAAAGCAGCUCUACGGUUGUUAGUAGAAAACGAAAACAAUAAUCAAUGUUGUAUACAAGUUAUUAAAGCUCUACCGGCCAUAAGUAAAUACGUACCGAUGUUUUCACAAGUCGUCAUUUCCAAGUGGAUGAAACCAAUUGAAACCAAAGAUGUCCAUGUGAAAAAUGCACUUGUCGAUGUUAUUUCCGAUGUUUUAAGUGCCCCACUGCACAUACCACAAAUUCAAGAUGGCGACAAAUACGCACAAUUUCUCGACCGUUUUUCGAAUUCAUAUUGGACGCCAUUGAUAAAUCUCUACGCCUACAGUCACAUUUGUACAUGCAAAACACGAUUAUUGAUAUUAUUGAUAGAGUCUCCCACUUGGAACACGAAUGCAUUGUUAAACGUACUUAAAUAUACGUUUUAUUUUAUCAUAAUGGUCACGAGCAAUGUGUGCCACAAAGCAUUGACAACAUUAUUCUGGUUCAGGAAGAGGAAAGACACGACAACCAGUCGUUUAUAUACAAAAUAUCGUCCGGAAUUGUGCAAGAUUAUCGUGAAUCUCUGCGCUGUGAAUCAGGCAUGCGCUGGGAUGAAAUUAUCAGCAUCUCUUGAGAGUUUUGCUGGUGAAUUAUGCUACGACGAUGUUAAACAUAUGAUCAUCGAAGAAACAAGAUAUCUGCUGCCGUUUUUUGUUAGUUUGUGUUUUAAACGUCCAGCAGUUGAACAACUCAUUGAAGAAAUCGCAAGUUAUAACGAGAUGGAAGUCAAAGAGUUGUUUAGUGACAAAUAUGGAUAUAUUUAUGUGUAUUUAACAAUGUAUGAAAACCACGAAGAGUGCGAGCGAUGUUUGAGAUUUGUUGAGCAGAAAAGUGGUGAAAGGGGCAUCACUUUACGGAAAAACAAUUUUAUGGUGAUUCUGAACGAACUACUGUUGAAUUUCUAUGAAAAACGUGAACAAGUCCUUCAACGUUUGUCAAUUCUAGCAUCAGAGGAAUCUGGCAACUCCCAAACAUCAGUUCCUGAAUAUAUACGACCAAGAUUCCUCGGAGUUUUGCAAUAUUUCGAUCUGAAGUUACUCAGCACAUAUCACAACAAAAAGAAUAUUCUCCAAAGCUUGGCGGCCAUUUUUAAAUACUUGGGACCUAAGUAUAUCACGCCUGUGCGGUUUAAAAUCAUCGCCAUGUUAAGAACAGUUCUGGCACAAACCGAGGGUAAAUUCCCCGAAUUAAAUUGCAUCGUCUGGGAGGGUUUUAUUCACAGUUGUGAUUUGGAAAUUCUCAGCCCGCAACUCGCAACAAUCUGCGUCUCGAUUUACCCGUUAAUAAAGAAAAACGAGCCGAAAAUCAACGAUGUCCUUAAAUAUCUCAUCAUAACUAAUGAAAAAAUCCUAGAAGAUAAUAUAGUGGAUUUAUUUUUCUUACUAGAACUGGAUCUGAAUGUACUGAUCGCACAAAAACUACGCUCGCACUUAGAAAAAGUCCAAGCGUUAAGUUUCAAAGAACAUUUGAAAGUUUUCAUGCGAUAUUUGAGCUAUGAAACGAUCGAAGUGCAAUGGCACGCACUCAAAUACAUAAAACAACUUUUAAAUAAAAACCGAAGUGAAUUAGAAGCGAUGAUUCUGGGUUUCAACGGGAUUGAUGCGUGUAUCGUUGAAUUAAUCGAUUAUUUACUGCAAGGAUGUCGUGAAUAUGAUUCAAAAAUACGCUCAGCGUGUGGAGAUUGUAUCGGGGAGCUAGGAGCCAUUGAACCCAGUCAUUUACCGCCACCAAGAAGCAUUCAAGAAGAGGAAGACUUCAAUUUUUCCAUCACAGAUAAGAAUUUCAUUCUGAAUUCAUUGAAUGAGUUUGCGCGAGCGAUGCAAGUAGAAGCAAACUGUCAAAAGAUGGAUACUUUUGCAUUGGCGAUUCAGGAAACGUUGAGGACUUAUAAAAUCAGUCCGGAUGAACGCGGAGGACUUUGGGGAAGUUUAACAGAUGUUCAGAAGGAACUAAUGCUUCCAUUUGUCUCUUCAAAAUAUUGUAAUGUUUCUAAUAGACAAGUCGUUCACAAAGGACCUAUUUACGGAUCAAAUUUAGGAUCCAAUUUUAAACGUUGGUUAGACAAUUGGACUUUCAAGUUGAUUUCGACUCUGACUUCAGAAAAGAAACAAUUGUUUUGUGCGUAUGUUCCUAGUAUGAAGCAAGAUAUUAAAACAUUGAUGUAUUUUCUACCUCAUAUCUUCUUGAAUAGUUUGAUUGAAGGACAAUUACAAGCUCAGAAAGAGUCUUAUGAUGAAUUCAUGGCUGUUAUUGAACGAAAUAACGAAGAUGUCAAAGGUGAAGAUAUAAAAAAGCGUCGAAUAAUAAGAAUGGAUACCGCUUUUGUUGAAAAAGACAAAAAAUCACACCAAUCAUACAAACGAGAAGACUACCUUAAAGUAGUGUUUGUUCUCUUCGAUUUCCUCGAACGUUGGAUGCGCGAAUGGAUGUGGGAGAGAUACACAGGACAAGAAAACCACGAAUAUCAAAGUAUAAAGAAUUUUAUCAGUAAAUUCUGCAAAUACCAACUAGCGAAAAGCAAUUUUCAAUUUGGUGGAUACCCAAGAGCUUUGAUGUAUUUAGAAGAUCAUAUAAUGGCUGAUAGAGAGAAUCAAGAUGAAUGUUUAACACUUUUAUCAGAAAUUUACUGUAGACUUAACGAGCCUGAUGGCGUGGCAGGAGUUACAGCUUUGAGAAAAAGCGAAGCUAGUUUAGAACAAAGAAUACUUGAUCAUGAAGCAGCUGGGCAGAUACCACUAACAGCAGCGUGUUAUGAACGUCUUCCUUUAAGUCUACCUCAAUUACAUGGACUUGUAAAAUCACAACUUGAAAUGGAUCAUGCUAAUACCUCAUUAUAUCUAGCGAAAGGUGUCUGGGAGGGACAACCUGCGGAUUAUCUCAGUGAUUGGAUGCUCGAAGCACAAACAGAACCUCUGUGGCGUUUAGGACGCUACGAUGAGUUGGAUCAAUUGCUACAAAAGCGAGAAUUACAAGAAAGUACCAAUUGGGGUGUGCAUACCGGACGCGCACUUAUACAUUUCCGUAAUGGCGACCGCAACGCAUUCAAACAACAAUUAGAAACGUUAAAGAUGAUACAAGUUGAUAGUUUAGGUGCGUCUAGUUUGGAAGAAGGCACUUAUCAACAUGGAUAUUAUUAUAUUGCACGUAUACAUGCAAUAAAUGAACUGGAACAGAUUGAAAAUGGCGUCCAUGAGUUGCUACUACGUCCGCAGAGUGAACAAAGCGCACAUGCGAUUAUAAACCAAAUGAAAGACGAAUGGGAACUCAGAUUGAAAUGUGUCCAACAAAGUGUAAAAGUAAUCGAACCGAUUUUAUGUCUACGACGUGCUGCUUUAGAUAUAGCCAAACAAAAAGCCGAAAAGAAUGUAAAACCAGCCGUGGGUGCCCUACACUCACUCUUAGGUGAUACCUGGUUGAAAAGUGCUGUUAUAGCGAUGAAUUCUGAAUUCCACAAACAAGCAUACAGUUAUAUCUUAAAAGCGGAAGAAUUUGCACCGCCGAGAUUAUUCGUUGAGAAAGCAAAGUGGUUCUGGUUGUGUAAUGAGCAUGAACAAGCACUCACAACACUCGAAAGACAUUUACGAGUUCUACUACCAACUGGGAAAGUUCCGGCUAACUUUUCACAAUCGAUUAGGAAAAUAUGCGCGGAAGCAAAACUUCAUGUAGCGUCUUAUAACAACGCGCUAUCAAACGUUGACGUUGAUGUAAACAUUCAACAUUAUAAAGAAUCAAUCGAAAUGUUUAGAGAAUGCGAGAAAAGUUUGGUUUAUUUAGCGCAAUACUACGAUAGAGUGUUAUUGAGUAUGUCCGAAGAAGAUAGAGAUGUGAAAGGGAGCGAGAUACAGAUUCAUAUGAUUAAUUAUUUUGGCAAAUCUUUACAAUAUGGAACUGAAUAUAUUUACCAAUCUAUGCCGAGAUUGUUAAGUAUUUGGUUUGAUUAUGGCACGCGGUUAUUGGAUGUUAAAUCACCGGCUGUCAAAGAAGAAAGACAACAGAAUUUGUUAAGAAUGACCAAGUUGAUUGAUAAUUGCCUGGAUAGAUUACCACCUUACAUAUUUCUAACUGCUUUUUCACAGAUAAUUUCAAGGAUUUGUCAUUCUCAAAAAGAAAUUUAUAAAGAGUUAAACCAAAUAGUGGCAAAACUAAUAUUAAAUUACCCACAACAAACUCUCUGGAUGAUGAUAUCAGUGAUAAAGUCAAGUUAUGAGUUGAGAUCGAAGCGCUGCCGAGAGAUUUUGAGUGAUCCAAGACUCAAAACACCAGUUAUGGUGAAAUUCCUCAAUGAUUUUAUUCAACUAGCAGAGAAAUUGAUUGAUUUGACUAAUAAAGAAAUCGGAGGGAGUCGUUGCAGUGUCAAUGCAAUCCUAAGAGCUUUACCUCGAUUAUUAUCACAAAAAGACUUCAGUGAAAUAAUGAUACCAACUCAUAAAUUCCGAAAACUGAUUCUUCCCAACCCGGAAAACAUAAAUAUGUCAUACAAUGCAUUCCCUAAUCAUUACGUGCACAUUGUUGGCAUUGAAGAUGAAAUAACAAUUCUGCCAAGUCUCCAACGCCCGCGUAAAAUCACCCUGCGUGGAUCCGAUGGCAAGUUAUAUAUACAAAUGCUUAAACCCAAGGAUGAUCUUCGAAAAGAUUUCCGUCUCAUGGAGUUUAAUGAUAUCGUCAAUCAAUUACUAUCGAAGGAAGCUGAAUCUCGUGAGAGGCGAUUGAAUAUACGCUUGUAUUCAGUUGCGCCUUUAAAUGAAGAGUGUGGUAUGAUAGAAUGGGUGCCGAAUUUAGUCGGAUUAAGACCUACUUUGAUGACUAUAUACAAACAGAGAGGUUCUGGCAUGCGUGCGAGAGAAUUAAAAGAGUGUUGUCCGAAGUUAUCGGAUCCAUUGGAGAAGAAACGUUCGAUUUAUACUAAAAUUCUGUUGGUGAAACAUCCACCUGUGUUGGGUGAUUGGUUCCGGAGGACUUUCCCAGAUGCGCAUGGUUGGUUAACCGCAAGAACAGCUUAUACAAGAACCACGGCAGUUAUGUCCAUGGUUGGACACAUUCUUGGACUUGGAGAUAGACAUGGCGAGAAUAUUCUAUUGGAUUCAACAUGUGGUGACGCCGUACACGUUGAUUUCAAUUGUUUGUUCAACAAAGGUGAACAAUUUGAGUGGCCUGAAAGGGUUCCAUUUAGGUUGACACCGAAUAUGGUGGCUGCUAUGGGGCCGUUAGGCGUUGAGGGCAUGUUUAGGAAGUCAUGCGCUUGUACUCUGCAUGUUUUACGGACACAUGCGAAUACUUUAAUGUCGAUUGUUACGCCAUUCGUGUAUGAUCCGCUUGUGUCUUGGCCGAAAAGAGUCGCGAAUGUUAAUACUGGUAAUGAAGAGCGGACCAAUCCACUUUCAAUGGAACACAUUAAAGUUAUUCAGCGUCGAUUGCAAGGUCAAGUGAAGACUACAAAACGUAUGUCUUAUUCGAUUUCGCUGUCCGUCGAAGGUCAAACGAACAAAUUAAUCGCUGAAGCGAUGAGUAUUGAUAAUUUAUGCCAAAUGUACAUUGGCUGGGGUCCUUAUUUGUAGUUUUUAAAUGUUUCGUAUUCAAAGUUUCAAUAAAAAAGUUUUUAUUCACAUAGAAAUAA